AUGGAGGAUUUUGAAAUCCUGAAAAAUAUUGCUAACAGCCUGUAUGAUAUUCCUGAGCUUAGAAAACACAGGGAUACUUCUAACUUUACCCUUGCUGGAAGUAUACAGAAACAUAAAAAGCUAGCUCUAAGGACAUUAUACAAAAAUCCAUCUAACCCGGAAGAUGCGGUUGAGAUGGCGCAGCUAUUUCGGGUAGGGGGAAUAUAUACACCUUCCGCACUAAAACAUGAAAUAACAGUAAUGGUCUCUCCCUUUUCCGCAGCGGUGAUGCUAGCUACAUUCUUAGAACCUUUGGCAGCAACAACGAAUCCGGAUAGUUUGAAGAGAUUGUAG